UCCUCAUAGUUGGUGGAAAUGAGUGACGGCGGAUCCUCAUCCAGUCACACGUUGGGAUGUUAAUGCUUCACAUCAGCACUUAAAGUGCAGAGAGCACAGGUUAUCUGCUGUUGACGCCCCCCCCCCUCGUCCGCUGAGCCACAGGCUGUAACCCGACCUUGAAUCCUAAUGGCUGUGUGACAAUAGGCCCCGUCCCACUGGCCGGUCUGUCUGUCUAUUUAUAAUGGCCAGACACAGUGCAGAGGUUAUUCAGAGGUGCCGGCCGACACAAGGUGACGGCCCCGAGGAACAAAGGUCGGAGUCUUCUGUCCAUAAGCAACAAUGGUGAGGACCAGGAAUAAGCCAGCGGGGCGUCACGAGCACUGCGACGGGUGCUACAACGCGCACUGCCAGGUCCCGGUCCACGUCUCCGUCUCCUGCGCGGUCAUCAGGUGUCGGAAGCACUGCGGCGCCGCGUUCCACGUGUGCAAAGAGGAGGAGCACCGGCACCUGUGUCCCCUGGAGACGGCGCCCUGCCUCAACGCCCACUACGGCUGUCCCCUCCGCCUGCCGCGCCACCGGCUGGCCCCGCACCUCCGGGUCUGUCCGGCCAGCGUGGUGUGCUGCUCCCAGGAGUGGAACCGCUGGCCCGUUUCCGAAGCGGAUCAGAGCUUCUACAGGAACGUCGUGGAAAGCUCUCAGGCUGAGCCGCACCUCGACGUCGCUCUGGCUCUCAGGGACCAGGAGCUGCUGUUUCGAUCCAUCAAGAUGAAGGACGUUUUCCCCGAGCUGGUGAUGGAGGAUCCUGAGGAAGAAGCAGGUUGCUCUUCAGAGGGCGGCGAAGGUGCAGCAAAUGGUUGCCGGAGUGUAGAGGACCAAGAACAGAGGGGCGCUUUGGUGGCGAGCCGCGACGUGGAGGGCGUCAGCAAAUACAGCGCGUGGGAGAAGAUAUUUGCAAAGGAGAUGGAAGGAUGCAAACAGACGGUCAGGAAUCUGAGUGAGAGAGAAGAAGAAGGAAGAGAAAGAGAAGUGAGGACGCGGAACGGUCAGAGGGAGGCAGGAAGGUCACAUCCCAGCCAAGACCCGGCUCCCGCCUCUUCCGGUGCCACGGGCCUGGCCCCCUGGCAGGACGGGGUUCUGGAGCGUCUGGGCAAAGAGGUCAACAUCGCCGAGUACAACAUGUACCUGGUGCACAACGGCGCCAUGCUGAUCGACUUCGGCCAGCUGGCCGCCUGCACCCCGCGGGAAAAGGACUUCGUCUACGGGAACCUGGAGCCCAUCGAGGUCCGGAGCGUCCGCUCCUUCAACGUGCCCACCAGCUACCGGGCCAAGCGGAACCACCUGAAGGACCCGGCCCGCAAACCCCAGGUCCGGCACCAGAGCGUGGACACGGCCGACCUGGGCGCGCCGGUGGAGGCUCCCCGGGCGUGCCAGGAGGUCCGGGCCGCGCUGCUGUGCUGCCUGGAGAAGGAGGCGCGGGGACACGCGGUGUCGGAGAGCGCCGGCAUCGACGGGCUCUACGUGAGCGAGGGGACCCAGACCUACAGCUUCGCCUCCGCCCCGUUCAGGGCGGACGCCAGCCUCGCCGACGUGCUCGCCGGCGAGCCCCGCGGGCUGCACGUGCGCGUGGAGGAGGAGCCCGUCACCAGGAGGCACAACCGGAGCAGCUCGGCGUUCAGCCGCGUGUGCGGCCGCUUCUUCCGCCGCGACGAGUUCCGCCGCCACUUCAGGAACGUGCACUGCGACGUGCAGUCCUGCGUGAGCGGCUGGCUGCAGCAGCGCUGCCCUCUGGCCUAUCUGGGCUGCACCUUCAGCCAGACCAGGCUCCGGCCCGCCGGGCACCAGGGCCCGGUGAGGUUCUGCCAGAGCGGGUGCUGCUUCGUGCUCCAGCCGCACGUCUCUGCAGCGUCCGGCCCGACUGCUGCUGGUGCCGGCGCCGGUGCCGACCCGGCUUCCCCAUCCGGCCCACCGGCCCUCUCCGCCAUGCCCCUGGAGAUCCUUCAGCGCAUCGCCGCGCACCUCGACAGCUUCACAUUAUCGCAGCUGUCGCAGGUGUCGCGUCUCAUGAGGGAUGUUUGUGCCACACUGCUGCAGGAGAGAGGGAUGGUGUCCCUGAAAUGGGAGAAGAAGACGUAUUCGCACGGGGGCAGCUCCUGGAGAUGUCGAAAGAAAGUCUGGGAGUUCAGCUCGCUGUUUUCCCCCGUGGACAGAUGGAGCUUCAGCGCUGCGCCGUCCAUGUCAAAUCACCUGAAAACAUGCGCCUUCUAUCAGCGCCAGGAUCGCACUGAGCCCGUGCUCCUAGCCUGCCUGCGAGAGGCCAGAGACAAAGUCGGCGGAGCCGAGCACAGGGAGUAGAGCUCAGCGGGGAGCGCAGCCCCUGCAACGCCAUGUCAGGAACCACUCAGAUGUGACGCAUGCAGCUACGGCGUCGAGUAGAAUGUGCUGCUUGUUGCACAGUGGAGCAGUUAUGCUGUGUUUUAAUGCAGAUGAGUUUGCGGUGACUCCC